AUGGGCUUCAAGGAUAGCCUCAUAGCCGUCCUGCUGGUCAGCGCCGGCGUCGGUGUCGCGGCCCAGAAACAGAAUCAGACCCAGGGUCUGCACUCUCUCUUCGUUGCGUCGGGCAAGUUAUUCUUCGGGACGGCAACGGACACCAACCUCUUCAAGGAUGUUGAGUACCUGAAGAUCGCAAAUAAUUCGAACGAGUUCGGGAUCCGGGUCCCAGAGAACAGCCAGAAAUGGCAGCCUACGGAGCCGAAAGAGGGGACUUUCGACUUUGCGAACUCGGACAUGGUCGCCCUGACGAGCAGGCAAAACGGGCAGAUGCUGAGGUGUCAUACCUUGACAUGGCACUCGCAACUCCCUGCUUUUGUGCAAACCAAUGUGUGGACGCGCAAGACGCUGGUGGCGGCGAUACAGACGCACAUCGCCAACGUGGUGGGCCACUUCAAGGGACAGUGCUACAGCUGGGACGUGGUCAACGAGGCGCUCAACGAGAACGGCACGUUCCGCAACGACGUCUUCUUCCAGACGCUGGGCACCGAGUACAUCCCCAUCAGCUUCGCCGCCGCCGCCGAGGCCGACCCGGACGCCAAGCUGUACUACAACGACUUCAACCUCGAGACCACCGAGGCCAAGGCCGACGCCGCCGUGGCCAUCGUGCGCCUGCUGCAGGCCGCCGACGUGCGCAUCGACGGCCUCGGCUUCCAGGCCCACAUGGACGUCGGCAGGACCCCCAACCAGACGGCCCUGGCCGCGACGCUGAACCGCUUCACCGCCCUGGGGCUCGAGGUCGCCUACACCGAGCUCGAUAUCCGCCACGCCAAGCUGCCGCCCAACGCGACGGACCUGCAGCAGCAGGCCAAGGACUACGUCAGCGUCGUGGGCUCGUGCCUGGCCGUUGCCAAGUGCGUGGGCAUCGUGGUGUGGGAGUUCACCGACAAGUACAGCUGGAUCCCCAGCACGUUCCCCGGCAAGGGUGACGCCUGCCUGUUCGACGCCAACUUCACCAAGAAGCCCGCGUAUACGGCCGUCUUCAACCUGCUGACCGCGGCGGCGGCCACCGCGCCGCCUACGGGGGGCGUGAACGGAAACGGCACUAGGUUUGGUGCGUUUGGCGCCUCCGCGGGAUCCGCGUCGACAAUGACUACUGUUCCUACAGGUGGCCCCCAGGUAGCGGCCAAGAGUCAGGGGUCGGCACCUCUGGGUAUUACCGGUCAACUGGGGUCUCUUUUGUCUUUCGCCCUGUUUGGGGUUUUUGUGUUUAUAUUAUAAUGAGGCCGGACCCUUGGAAUAGAGGGGCGUUUGUGGCCGCUCGAGCGCAACGUACCUACCUACCUACUACUGGCAUAUGACUGGC